AUGCCUCGCAAGCACCUCAUUGUUCGGAAAAUUCUUGAGAAUGUUCCCCCAAAUCACUUCAUGCCCCGACCCUACUACCUUGAUCUGCUGGAUUCAGCAGAGGCAAGAAACACAAUUAUUUGUACAGAUGAGGACGUGACACUGCAGUUUGUAGCUCAGACACUCUUCGGAGAUAUGGCCAUCAAAUAUCCUGGAAAAUGCAUGGUCAUUGUCAUUUCGGAUGCUAGUUCAGUCAAAAGCGCUGCCGAAACCUUCAAAUAUGUUACCGACACCCCUGUUUUAGUAGUUGCUGACGCUUCCUCCAAAAUUCCUACCACUACGGAAGUCAUUUUUAUGUCUGCAGAAACGGCUGCAAAUUUAUGCUCUGGUGAAGAACCUGUCUUUUCCAUUCAUGAAAGAGCCUUUCUUCUUAUCUUGGAUGACUGCGAACUCGUUCUAUCACCGGGCCAUCCCUACCAGCGACUAUUCCCGUACUCAAAAGACCCUCUUAGUGAGCAUCAGAUUGAGGAUAUUUGGAACCGAGAUCCGUCUUUCUACUCCUCUACCUCCGCAAGCUAUCGAAUUCUUGCUCUAACCUCCACUAUCCUUCCAGUCGGUUGUUCCGACCAUCUCCUUGCCAAACGCUACAUCUGUUCACUGGAGGACCGUUUGGGUUGUAGGCUAGAGACAACCUCAGAGUUAAUUAACCUUCUCUCUCUUGGUGCUCAGCCAGAAGAGGAGGAGAUUCCAGCCCCAGAUACAACAAAUAAUGGUGAUAAUGAUGAUCAACAUUCAAUUCGUGGAACAAUCCUGCGUCUUCUAGUGGAGGCUCGCGAUUUUCUCAGUGACGUGGACUUUACUGGUUCAGAGGAGAAUGUCGCCACUACAGGACAACGUGUCAUCAAUGUUCCUUACUACUGCCUUCGGUCUGUGGCGCAAUGUGAAGCCAUCACAAAGGAUUUGGGUGUCUACUGUGGAGCACUCAUCGCUCGGGUCUUUCUGCGUCACUUAUAUCGUCUGGAACGGGCCAGGGCAAGUAUUCUGGAGGCUAGGAGACAGCUUGAGCAUGGAGAGGACCUACUGACACGAAUUCUUCGCUACACAGCUACUCAGCUGUCAAUGAUUGCUCGACUGUUCCAAACCGUUUGCGACAACUGCAUGACGAGAGAGGAGGUACGCACCCUGGCAUCACCCCGAGUCCUGCAAUUGGUGGAUCGAUUGCGAACCCUGAAACCAACAGGAUCCUACCGGAUAGAGGCGGUGUGGAGGACGGAAGGCGUCAGUGAGGAUACAGGUUCAGAUUCUGAUGCUGAAAGUAGUGGAUUGACCUCCCACGGUAGUUGGAGCAGUAGCAGACGGAGAUCUAGGCUACGUGGUCGAUCGACUUCCUCCGGUUUCGUUGCUCCACACGGAUUUGAAGCCAUGAGUGGAGAUGACGAUGAGGACGAUGAUUAUGGUGAAGGUUAUGACGAUUCCUCCCUAUUUUCGGGCGUCGACUCUGUGUACUCGGAGGAUGAUAAUGAUUUUAAAGAUGCCUGCUAUAAUGACAGCAAUGGUAAAGAUAGCGCCGAUGACAACGAUGGUGAAAGCGGUGGGGAGAGUGAUGCUACUGAUGUCUCAAUGGGUCUAUCUUCGGGCAUCCGACGCAAGUCCACCCGAAAGCCAUGUUGGAGACCUCACAAAAUACGCUCCCCCGUUAUUCGUGGUAGUCGUGGCGGCUCCCGUCUUGUAUAUCGCGUACUUCCCGAUAACCCUGAUAAGGAGAACACCGUUCCUCCUCUUUGCGGUCUUCUAUUAGUCGGUGGGUGUCAGUUUUCCGCCUACGCGCUGCCCCGAUUCAUCGAGGAGUACUGCAAUUGGGACCCCGAAAUUGCCUUUGUUCGUCCUGGCUACUUCUUUGUGCCUGGCGCUUCUGACCAGGUGAAAACGCUGACACUUUCGGCGGACGUAGGCAGCACACAGGAGGAGACAGUGGCAAAUUUUCGUUGUGGAGGUGAAGUGAAUCUUCUCGUGACUACACAAUCAGGUUUGGCAGCUGCCUCUUCUCUUCCACGGUGCAAUCUCAUUGCUUUAUUCCAUCCAUCCACCUCCCUAGCCACCUACCUGGCGGCGAAAUCUCGUUUACGGUUGGUUGCAGUUAAAUCCACAAAAGCCCACUUCUGGCACUUCUUGGAAUCCGAUGGGUUCUCCCUUCGUACUCGCUUUCAAGAGAUGGAGCGAAUGUUGGUUCAACGAUGCAGCAAUUCUUACCUUAUUUCUGAUGAGCAUGAUGUGGACGCCGACUACGUAAAUGAGCAGUUUACUUUUCUCCCCAAAAGAAAGGCAUGUCGGGCAAUAGAUGUGGUGAAUCACUAUUGUGCUCGCCUGCCCUGCAAUUUCAUGACGCGUUUGGCGCCGCGCUGGCAUCUCACUACGCGCCGACUGGCAGCCGAUUCAAGAGGGGCAGUGGAGGGUGGGGAUCACACAGCCCUUCUCACCUGUCCUGACCCCUCUCACGCUGCUACCGCGAGCAACAUGAUCGUUUAUCGCUGCGCUCUGCAAAUGCCCAUUAACUCACCCGUCCGUGAGGUGGUUUGGAGUGAGUGGUCACUGUGUAAGAAAAUGGCCAAAUACUCCGCUGCUGUGCGCGUGGGUCAAUUGUUGAUGGAGACGCGAGAAAUCGAUGCACGUGGACGCCCCAUCCUCCGCCACACACCGAUAGCCGCUGUCGCCGCAGCCUCUCGCCGCUUGCGUGCUACCCGCGAACGCUCCCCUCCUAAACAUAAAUCGAGCUACUUAAUUAAAACUCCGGACUCAUUGGUCAAGUGUCUUGCUAAAGAGGACAGAGGAUCCAUAGGCCAGAAUCGUCUCUAUCUUGUCGACAUUCGUCACCUCGACACCGCCCUGAGUCGCCUGCAACGUGAACACAGGAGUCAGGGGACCUCCUCCCACAUCGAUUUCUUCCCCGAGGCAGAGAAUCGGGGCUUCGCAAUGCUCACCACAAAACCCCUUCCAUUUAUCCCUGAGUUCUCAAUAUUCACUCGUUCGGGUGAGGAAACGGUGCAUAUUUAUGAGGCCUCCUCCUGUCCCCCUCUGAAUAUUGAUCAACUCAAUAGACUCUCGCGUUUCCAUAGAAUCAUUUUCAAGUCGGUACUGCGGUUCGAAAAGGACUGUUUGUUGAAGUUCAAUCUGGUCGAUGCACCCUGUCAGCUUCUUAUUGUGCCAGUGAAACGAGACAGCCAGAAGAUCGAUUGGGAUCUCGUGAACCUCUGUCUCAAUUCCUAUGUCGCCUCAGUCGGUGACUGUAGACUGCCGGUCCGUAGGCGCCCCGCUCCGCCGUUGCAGCUGCCCACUGGACCAGUGCCCCUGACGCAAUUACUCUCGCAAACUUCCAGCCCUCGAACCGUCUUUCAUUUUGUUCAGGACGAUUUUGUAAAUGCUGUCCUCACUCCAACCUACCGCAACGUGGAGUAUCCACCGCGCUAUUACGUUGUCGCUGUUAGAAAUGAUCUGUCUCCAGCCACAGAGUUCCCAUCACCGCAGUACGCCACUUUCGCGGACUACUACGCAUGUAAGUAUGGGCUGCGUCUAAGUGGAGCUCCGUCGGACCAACCGCUGCUAGACGCCGCCUACGCUCCUCUCCGCCUUGCUCCUCUCCUAGUGCCGCGAGGCUGUGUUGCCCAGCGAAAAUCGAACAACGGUGUCGCCUCCGGUAACGCCACCUCAACUUCCAAACAUGUCCUACCCCGGCACAUACAACUCCUGGUGCCUGAGUUCUGCCAUCGCCAUGCUAUGCCUGCCACUGGUGAGGGCUUUUCUGUUUGGCAAAAGGCGAUCUGUCUGCCUAGCAUUCUCUACCGCCUACAGCACCUCUUGCUUGCGGAAGAACUGCGUUCAGAAAUCGCGCGGGAGACUGGAUUGGGAGUCGUUACGCCCCCACAUCGGUUCUGCUUCCCACCUCUCCGCUGUUACUUUACACCACAAGUACCAUCGCCGUCGCCGUCUCCAUCACCACCACCAUCUUAUAAGAAACAGAGGGAUCCGGAGGAUCGAGAUUCAGAACCUGAAGUCGUCAAACUAACUCUUUCUCCCCUAAUCCAAUCUAAACCUCGCAAUCCUGCCACCGAUUUUCAGGCCCUUCUCUACGAAUCCGAUAGGCUGGAAUCCGAUGGGGAGGGGGACCUAGACCCAGAGGCGGAAGAGGAAGAAGAGGAGGUGGAUGCGAAAAGUAUAGACAGUUUUGAGGAGAACGCCACAAACAUGUGUUUUUUCCCAUCCGAAGAUGAUGACGAAGGCGAAGAUGAAAAGGGGCAAAUAGUUUACAAACCCGGACCUACAAUGAUCUUGCAAUCGCUGACGCUGCUGGGGGCAGGUGAUUUUAUCAACAUGGAAAGGCUGGAAACGAUCGGGGACAGUUUUUUGAAGUUUGCUGUUACCAUGGAUUUAUUUUUGCGAUACCCUGAAGCUCACGAGGGUCACCUAAGCUCGUUGAGAAGUCAAAUUGUUGGUAAUUCGAAUCUCUAUCGACUUGGAUGUGAGAAAAAUCUGCCUGGACGAAUCGUGGGGGUGGCUUUUGAGCCACACGAAAAUUGGUUGCCGCCCUGCUACGUUUGCACCACCGAUCCGACAAAUAAUAUUGCCUCCACCAGAAUAAAGAAUCAGUGCCCUUCGUUGACGCACCAAUUCUUGACCAACAAGUCUGUUGCCGACUGCGUGGAAUCACUGGUCGGUUGCUAUCUCACCGAACGUGGCGAGCGAUCUGCUUUGAAACUUCUGCAGUGGUUCGGCAUCGAAUGCCUCCCACCUGCAGGUGAGAUGCAACCUGCGGGAUCACCAUGGAAACUGGCUGAAGAAAAGCCGCUAUCGAAGGUGGAAGAAGCUACCGUUGAAAGGGUCUACCGUGCCGGCCGAUUUUCUAAGCUGGAGGAGAUCAUCGGUUACACCUUCAAAAAUCGCAGACUCCUUAUCGAAGCCUUUACUCACUCCACCUGCCGUGAUCUUCACGGACCUCCGUCGGACGAUGACGGCGGUUUUCAUGGCAGUGCUACUAGCAUCAGUGGAGGUUACGAGCGCCUAGAGUUCCUGGGCGAUGCGGUGUUAGACUAUGCGGUGACACGUUUCCUCUUCACCACUGACGCCACCGCCCGCCUCUCGCCCGGCGCCUUGACCGAUCUACGCUCGGCACUGGUCAAUAAUGUGGUCUUCGGUGCGCUGGCAGUGCGCCAUGGGUUGCAUGCUUUUCUACGCGCUGCAGCUCCGCCUCUCACUCGAACGAUGGCGCUCUUUCUGCGUCACCACCACGACGUCGUUCGUGGUGACCUCGACGUGCUCAUUGCUCCGGAAGUUAAUGUUUGCCGGGAGAACAAAGGUGCGACUGCAUCCCAAGCUGAAGGCGACCGGGCGAACGAGGAGGUAGAGGUGCCGAAAGCCCUGGGCGACGUCUUUGAGUCGCUCGCUGGGGCAGUCUUCCUCGACUCAGGUCUCUGCCUCAACACUCUCUGGCGCGUCUUUUUCCCUUUGCUGCGCGAGCGCAUCGAACGGUAUUCCACAUGUGUGGCCAAGUCGCCAGUUCGUCGUCUACUCGAACUAUGUCCAGAACGCGUCAAAUUCGAAAGGCCAAUGGUGCGCCCUGACGGGAAGAUGCGAGUGGUGGUGCGCGUGGCUGGGAUUGGUCGAUACGUGGGCGUCGGACGCACAUACCGACUGGCGAAAUCGGCCGCUGCCGAUCUCGCCUAUCGACGCGUUACUGAAGCAUCCACUGAACAGGUGUAA